AUGGCGGCGGCGAUGGCGUCGGCGACGUCGGCCGUGGUGCACGUGUCCUUCCCGGAGGCGACGAGCGGCCUUCUGGAGGCCCUGAACCAGCAGCGCCUGCGGGGCCAGCUGUGCGACGUGUCCAUCCGCGUCCAGGGCCGCGAGUUCCGCGCCCACCGGGCCGUGCUGGCCGCCUCGUCGCCCUACUUCCACGACCAGGUGCUGCUGAAGGGCAUGACGUCCAUCUCGCUGCCCGGCGUCAUGGACCCCGGGGCCUUCGAGACGGUCCUGGCCUCGGCCUACACGGGCCGGCUCAGCAUGGCGCCCGCCGACGUCGUCAACCUGCUCACGGUGGGCUCCGUCCUGCAGAUGUGGCACAUCGUGGACAAGUGCACCGAGCUGCUGCGCCAGGGGCGCGCGGCGGGCGCCGCCGCGGCCCGCGCCGACGACGGCCAGUCGCCCAGCAGCAGCAGCAACAACAACAACUACUCCAGCCCCCGCCAUCCUGGCGGCGACACCCCCUCGGGGCCCGAGGCCCGCGCGGGCACGGGGGGCCGGGCGCCCGCCGGCGGACCCCCGCGGGCCGCCCUCCGGGAGACGCCCGCCGCCCCGCCGGACGGCCUUGACGACGACCAAGAUGGCGACGAAGACGACGACCUGGUGCUGACCUGCGACGACGACGACGACGACAGCGGGCACGUGCCCACCCCGGGCGCGCGGGAGGACCAGGUCCACGUCUGCGAGCCGUCCGACGGCCUGGCGGGCUGCGACGCCGCCCCGGGCGGGCGCCGCUUCCGUCCCGCGCCCGUGCCGCCCACCACCACCAUCUUCCCCUCGCCCCCGGCGGCAGAGCCCGGGGGCCCGGGCAUCGGCGGCCCGGCCCCGGCGGGCGACGGCGCCAAGGUGUUCCUGUGCCACUGCGGCAAGGCCUUCUCCCACAAGAGCAUGCGCGACCGCCACGUCAACAUGCACCUCAACCUGCGCCCCUUCGACUGCCCGGUGUGUGCCAAGAAGUUCAAGAUGAAGCACCACCUCACCGAGCACAUGAAGACCCACACGGGCCUCAAGCCCUACGAGUGCCCCGUCUGCGCCAAGAAGUUCAUGUGGCGCGACAGCUUCAUGCGCCACCGCGGCCACUGCGAGCGGCGGCACCGGCCCGGGCCCCCCGGCCCCUCCGUCCCCGGCCCGCCCGGUGCCCUCGCCCGGCCCGCCUGGUCGCCCCCCGCCCCCGCCGCCCCCCACAAGGCCGAGCCGGGCUUCAACGGGGGCGGCGGGAGCUAAGCGGGCACGGGGGGCGGGGGGACGCGGUUGCCCCCCCCUUACACACGCUCAGACGGCAACCGGAGAGAGACGCGGGCACAGGCGCGGGCACCGGAUGUGUUUUUCCCCCCCCCCUUACAGUCACACAAACGUCGACCAGAGGGAGACGCGGGCACGGGCGCGGGCACGGGAUGUGUUUUUCCCCCCCUUUACACACACGCAGACGUCGACCAGAGAGAGACGCGGGCACGGGCGCGGGCACGGGAUGUGUUUUUCCCCCCCUUU